CUUUUAUUAUACAUAUUGUAAUCUCACAUGGAUAGCAUUUGUUAAGGCAUUGUCAUCACAGUUUUAUAGAGCUUAUCAGAAUUCAAAUAUUGGCAAAAACUACAUCAAUAGUUUUAGACUAUCUUCUGAAAGUCACAUGCUUUUCUUUCUGUAUGAUAUCAAAAUUUGUCUGUGUACAAUAGCCCAUUACAUAAGCCCCAUCCGUGUUUAUGUACCAUAUAUCAUAUUCCACUUGUCCAUUUUAAGUCCAUUCAUCGCAUGAUUGGCUAUAGCAUCCUAAGAUUGCUCUUUGCUCAGACCUCAGCCGUUCAAGUGAUCAAAGCUUGCAGAACAACCAGUGCCAGCCUAUUUGAUCAAUGUGUCUCUUUGAUCUUAUGAAAACCUCUCGUGUAUACUCCACGUGUAUGAUGAAGGUUUGUUGCCCUGUUUUCAGUCACUCUCGUAUAAAGUUGUUCUUUUUUCCAUUAUGGACUGAUUUUUCAGCUGUUUUUAAAAGUAAGAGUAUUAAGUUAAAGUUUACCUUGUGUUGCAUUCAAUACUGUUUUUUUAAGUUUGGAUCCUUUGUUGACUGUUCUUGUUUUGUUAAUUUCAUCCCUCUCAUCAAGAAAGCAAUGCUAAAAAGUAAUUUUGCUGUCCAUAACUCAAUCAUGAAUCUCAACUCUAAUGUUGUCAUAUUUCAAUCAAAUGUCUCUUGGGGUGUAACUGCUUUUUUCUUAAUAACUCAUAUACCAUUUUACACUACAUAUUGAUCAAUAGUGUUGUUUUCAGUAGAAAAAAAAUAUGCCAUACUAUAUCCCUGUACAACAUAAGUUUUUGUGCUGUUUUGUUUCCCUCAGAACUAUAAAUAUUCCUAAGAUUUCCUCAAUGCUUUAAAAUAGCUGUGUGUUAAGAGGGUAGAGGCUAUUUUUAUUUGUCGGGAAACUCUUCUGUACCAACAAGAAAGUGCUGAUAAAUAAUUAAUUACAAGGACCGUGAAAGGAAAAAAGUUGUGCCCAUAGUGAAAAGUAUUGAUUCUAAAGCGACUCUCUCCUUUGGAAAGCCUUUCUGAAUCAGUAAACUUGUAAUUUAUUUUUUGUCUCUUCUAUUUCGUCUAAAAGCAAAACAGAGAGUUUAGUGUUUACUUUGCAGUCUUUGUAAGCACCGUCAUGAGUGCAAAAAUGUCAAGACUCCUCCAAUAAUAUUUUAUUCAUUUUUUGCAUUCCGUUUGUUGUUUUACCAUAGAUGCAGUACUGAUUUUUACAUGUUGUUCAUUAUUAUUUCUACAAUGUCUGUGUUUAUCAUUGUUUUGCUGGUACCAUUACAUUUGCAAUAGUAUGUUCUAGUUGUGUUUGUAUUUAUUUUGAGGAUAAAAUGUCCAUUGAUGUUUUCUGUUCACUCUGGACUAGCAUCUUCCUUAUUCUGCUGUUUCACCCUAGAUUUUUGUUUGCAAGAGAAGAUGUAUUUAGAAAAUCCAUUAUACAAUCCUCUUCAUCUUCCUAAUAAUUGUUCUUUAUCCAUAGGUAUGAAUGUGUGUAUGUGCCUGCCGAGGUCAUAGUUUAAGUGAUAAGCAUCAAACCAUUUUUUACAACCAUGGUAUGUUCAAUCAACUUCAGUUGCAUUUAUUCUUCUCCCUCAGAUAACUUUAGUAAAAUGUUUGUUCUGUGAUUGUUUCAUAAACUGCACAGAGAUAGUGUUUCAUUCAUUAGAAGACGAUGGGGGAGCUUCCAAGGAUAUAUGCCUAUAUUUUCUCAUCAUAUUACUUCUCAGUAUCUUGCCUGUCUAAGUACAAGCACUGUAACUUUAGUGUUGAAUUGGUAAGUUUGGGAAGAUAAAUGUAUACGAAAAAACAAUGUCCAUAUUUAUUGCCAAAGUUGCCUGGUGCUUCUUUUGAUCUUUAUUGUGGCACAACAAAAUCUUUCUAGUCAUCUUGCAGGAAGCUCCUUGGAAUGUGUCACCCAUCGCCUACUAAAUAGGCGCUCCAGCCAAGGUUUUUUUUUUAAACAAAGAACACAAAAAUUGUCCAAAGUUUGUUGCAGCUUUAUAAAAAUUAAUUUUACUAGAAUGAUAAUGUUAGAAAACAAUGAAAAGUUAUUUUAAACCUUUGGAGCCUGUUUAGGUGAUAGUGGCUUCCAAGAGGAUGCCUCUCUAUUUAUUGAUAGCAUUGUUGCUAUCCUAUAUAAAAAUAAAUUUCAAAAUAUUGUAAAAAUAUUGCAUUUAUAAAUUUGUAAAUUACUCUUGUGGUUAUAUUAUAAAAUAAUAUUGCAAUUUAAUGUACAAAGAUCCUAAUUGAUUGUUUGGUCCCUUGUGUUUGUUAAAUGAAAUUUAAAAGGCUGCACACUGAAUGUCAUAUAAAUUCUAACCCUGUGCUGUUUGUGUGUGGUUCGUGUGUAGGUCAUUCUUUCAAUGGAACAAAGAUGAAUAGAACAUUGGAAAUAUCAAA